AUGGUGACCCUGCUUAUUCUAUUGUCUGCCCCCGAAAAUGUUUACAAAUGUCUUGAGUACAUCCUGAAUCAAUAUGAAGGCAAACAUGAGCUUAAUUAUGCGUUUGAUAUUAGGCGGCUUCCUAUACCAAGACUAUUUAGUAUCUUACUAAACCAUUUAAUGCAUUGGAGAUCUGUAGUUUAUAGUGUAAAUUCGUUGUCUGCUUUUGUCAAGAAUCCAUUGCCAAAAGGUUAUGACAAUGACCUUCAAUUGUUCUACGAAGUAUUCAAUUUCAAAUUAUUAGAAUAUAGCAGUAUUGAAGGACUGAUGUUUAAUGGAGAGAAUAAUGUGCUGCUUGGAAUUAUUGACAGGUCUGAUGGAUUCAGCGUUGACUUUCUCUUUUAUAAAAGGUCUCAUAAUACAACAGAUGAAAUAUCAAUCGUAGACCAUGAUUUUGGUAUUAAACAUUUUAUCUUUGAAGAGGUUACCAAAAUGUAUCGACCAAGCUUCCUUGACCCUGGCAGAAACAGAGUGUUUACUGCUGCUGUUAGACUUGAUCCUAAUGAUCAUCAAUUGAGACGUUGUACAACCAAGGAGUAUUUUCAUCUGACAGGGUCUACAGUCAUGGACACCGUGUUCACUUUUUAUGGCUUUAAUACUGUACCAUGGCUUGCCGAUAUACUUGAGCCCAAAUUUUAUGUCAAUAAAGUAGAAUAUGUACUGGAACAAAAAUCGAAGCAGACAAAUGCUGUUACUGCUACCGUAUCUGCCAUCUCUUGGCCGAACAGUCUGACUUUGCUGUACAGGAGACAGAAAUUUAAGAGCCGUGUAGCGCAUCUUUACUGUGUCUUAUUCGUCCAAGUCAUUCGAGAAAACAUUCCUUCUUUUCUGGGAAGUUCUUUUUACGUGUAUGGUCUUCCUACAAUGAUAAGAAAAUUCUACAAGAAGACCUGGGGAGUAUAUCGAGACUUAAAACUGCCUCGUUACUUAUAA